AUGGCGACUCCACCGCCCCGCAAACGCGUGUCUCAGGCGUGCCGGCCAUGCGGGGUCAAGAAGAUCAAGUGUGACGGACUAUAUCCCACAUGCAGUCCUUGUCAAGGCAAAGCCAUUGAGUGCUCGUACGGAACGUCGAAACGCAGGUUGGUUGCUCGAUCCAGAUCCGAGCCUCGCGGCGGAUAUAGACUUCACGGGAAGCGGCGACACUAUGGACAAAAUGUAGCUGACACAAGCUUGGCAGAUCACGACCCCUCGAUACGGAAGGUCCUCGUCCUCGAGCCCCAGUCUCGCACGCGUAUCGCGACAACAUCCCCACAUUCCACCCAAUCAAUAGCAUACAGCCGAUUGCGGACCGAGCCUCGAGUCUCGGCCGAGGUUUCGACAAGACUGCUUCUGACAUACUUCAAUUGCAUCCAUCCUCUGUGGCCACUCCUCUACAAGCCUCUUUACGCGUCCCUCGACUAUGCUGCUCCGACGGAUGCCAUCCCGCCCGCGCUGGUUGCAGCGAUAUUCUCCAUAGCUUCCUGUGUUGACAGGUCGCAACCGGCAACAAAUUCGAUAGUCCAGAAAUACCCAGAGCCCUGGCAAUUCAUCGAGGAAGCCUUGGAACUUUUGCAAGUUAGUGGCGAAGGCGGUACACAGCAGUUUGGGAAUGUCCUGACACCUUCAAUCACCAAUUGUCAGGUCUUGACCAUACUCUCUCUUCAACAGCAUGGAACUGCGGAGUACUCGCGAGCUGCGAUCCUUUGUGGUCUUGCGUCCGCGAUGGCGAUCGAGAUGCGUCUGCACAGAGCGUUGGAAUCAAAUGAUCCAAUUAAAGGCGAGGUUCAUUCUCGGCUUUGGUGGAAUCUUUACGUACUUGAGAAGAUGAUCUCUUGUGAGAUGGGUAGGCCGGUGUUACUGAGGCGAGAGGAAACAGACUGUCCGUACCCUUCGGCGGACGAAGCAGAUGAAUUCGAGCUGAUGUCAAUGAAUUUCGGGCGGGGACCAGCGCCGUUUCUAAAUACGCCGAUCAAGUUACGCAGCAUCUCUGGAUUGCAUACAACCAUUCAAUUGAGCUUUAUUAUGGAGCGAAUUGCGAGGGAGAUAUAUGGAAUUGCUGCUCGCAAACGGAUUCGUGAAGAUCAAGCAGUUGGAGAAGCCAAAAGACAAGAACUUCAGUACGUUUUGCAGGAUUGGGAACGUGAGAUGGAUGCGUCGCCCCUGCGACUUGAUCUGAGCAAGAACCUUACCUCGGUGCCUGCCUCUGUAACGAACUAUGUUAUUAUGUGGCAUGGAACGAUCUUACUACAUCGCCCUUUCAUCGCUCGUUGGGCAUCAAAUCCAAGUGCCUCAGAAUCCAUGCCAAGCCCACAGCUUGUCUGCCUUCAAGCGGCCAACCAUAUUAUCUUCGCCCUGGAACAAUACUUCGACCGUCUCCUUGGCCUACCUUGCGACAUGGUGUUCAGUAUUUUCACAGCUGCCAGUACGCUAUUGUAUCAAUCGAAGCAUUCUAAAGCGGAGGAGCCCGACACUCAGCGACGACUGAAACUUUGUAUUCAUUGGCUUUCAGCUUUGAGCAAGUCUUGGAAGAGCGCUGGAGCUCGUCAACAGUUGCUCGUUGACAUGUUCGACUUGCCAAGAAAUUCCCAGGAGCCUUUGCAAACGCCACGUACGGUUCCCGAAUGGAGACCUGGUACACCGCUUGCCCCUCAACCUCCUGGUCAAACACUAUCACCAGUGCCGCCUCGCAUGCCAGACAAUGGAAAUCUCUCCUCUACCUUGGUGCCGUCACCGGAUGACUGGGGCUUCCUACGCGAUUUUGGUGAUGCAACGGACGAAUUCUUCGAGCUUGACGUUCAGCUUCGGGGCCUUCUUGACGGCGGUUUCGAUCCCGAACAGUUCAACUUUUCAACCUGAGAAUCUUUUGCGACACGAAAAUAUUUGUUGUCUGGACGCGAAGUAAUUAGAUUGCAGCCUCUAUGGCAGCGCCUGGACCGCCAUAUUAAUUAAGAACUUUAAUUUAUUCUCAGGAUUCUUAUCUUUCCAUUCAACUCCUCGGUUCGUACCUCAAUCUUUCUCUUGUUUUGCAGUUAUCACGUUAUUUCGAUGACCUUACCGCAAAUAUUUAAUUUACGGUAAGUAAUUGUUGAUCUUGG